GUCAUCACGUUAACAUUCUGUUGACGUGGCGUGAGCAGCGGCUAAACAACAGUAGCUAGCAGGUAACUAAGGGCAAGGUAAGACCGAGGGGAAAUGGAUGUUGUUCGGGACGACUGACUGAGUGGUGUUCACCUUCUCAGAGUGAAGAAACAAUGGCCAGUAGAAGUCAGCACUAUGGUUUCCAGUCGGCCACCACAGUGCAACCUGCCAAUGGCGGCCAUGCCUACCUGUUUGGGAACAAUGGCUCAGAGAAUGACCUGUCAGAGGAGGACGGGGAGAGCUACGAGCUGCGGGCGCGCGGGCGAGAGAGGCUGCGGAGGAGCACCUCUAGAGAGAGGAUGGACGAUAUUAUCUACCUGGCCAGAGAUAUCCAGGAGGGGGACACCCUGAACAGUAUUUCCCUGCAGUACCAUUGCUCAGUGGCUGACAUUAAGCGGGCAAACAACCUCUUAACAGAGCAGGACUUCUUUGCCUUGCGGUCCAUCAAGAUUCCUGUGAGGCGUUUCAGUGUGUUGACAGAGACCCACAGCACUACACCAAUCAAAUCUGCCUCCCCAUCAGGUGCCCGGCGCCUGCCCCAGAUCUCCCCCGUUACCUCCCUUACCUCUGAAUCCUCCACAGACUCUUCCUCCUCCACAGACAGCGUGGAAGGCUUCCUCCUGGAGAAGGACAAGGACAUUGAGCAGCUGGUGAAGGCCACAGGCCCAUCUCGCACCAGCUUGAAUGAAGUCGUGUCCUCUUUAUCACUCCAGCAGCAGCCACUGCUAGGAGAGGUGGAGUAUAAACCAGCUCCGAGGAAGGACCCCUACUACGGGGCAGACUGGGGCAUGGGAUGGUGGACAGCUGUGGCCAUCAUGCUUGUUGUUGGCAUUGUCACACCAGUGUUUUAUCUCUUGUACUAUGAGGUUCUGAUGAAAACAGACGUCAGCCACCAUGAUAUCCCUACACAGGUUCACAUCAGUGGACCCCCUGGACAUCGGCAGGGCAAUGAAGUGGACCUUCCAGGAGCAGGGGGCAUCCAUAUGGGUGCUGGCCCUGGACAUGAUGCUGGAAAUGCGGGUAAUGGAGAUCCACAGGGACACGGUGUUGAUAAAAGGGGAGACAGUGAUGGUGGAAAGCAUGACAACACAUAGCGGGGAACAGUGACAUUUCAAAUAAACCAGUUGCUGACUCAAAGACCCAAUAAAAACAGGGUCAGUAUCCCUAUUUUAUCUGAGCAGUUUUUAUUGAUUUUAUACAUUGGUGCAAGCUGGCCAACUGGUACAGUCACUUUAUAGAGGACACAAAAUCAUUUUUGUAUGGUUGAAAGACUGGGAAUAAGACAAACCUAUGUUCAUUCUGUGGAUGUGUUUUGAACCUGUUUUUACUCAGUUUGGUCCAACUGUGUUUUCUUCUAACAGGGGACUGUAAUUAUUUUUGCCAUAAAGCUGUUAGGAAUAGAAUAUUCUCCGACACUGUUUUGUUGGAAAGUCCCGAUUGCUGCCAUUCUGUUAUUAACAUAGAAUAAUUAAUUUAUUUGAAAACUAUUGAGCAUUUAGCAUUGGUCUUAUACUUACACUAUCAGUAUUGGAAGUUACCAGUUGAAUUAUGUUGUGUGACCUUCUUGAAUGCUUGACUUUUUUUUUUCUGGGUCCUUAAGCCUGCUUUGAGAAGGCUGCAAUUUUCUUUUUCUCUAUUUUGGGAAUCACAAGAAACCUCUAUGACUAAGGGCAUGGUGAGGAAAUGGGAAAUGCACAGUAUUCCCACAAUCACUCAUAGUUAUACUCAUGAAAUGUUAGACUUUAGAACCUUUUUUAUUUUAUCAUUAUGUCUAAAACAAGUGUAACGUGUUCUUGACAGUAUGUGCCUUUCAACCUGUGGAAAUGUGCAGCAGGCUGGAAAAUAAAUAAAAGUCUAUUUUGAAUAAAUUAUUGAUGCUCA